ACUAAUCAUCAAUCUUCGAGCUCUGUAACUUUUCUCGUCUUCAAAAAUCCCACAUUUGAACAAUUAAAGUUGUUUCCUUUUUUGUGUGAAAUCAAUCAAUCUGUCUGAAAGCGCCAUGACUGAAGUCCUUCACUUCCCUUCAUCUCCAAGCGCUUCUCCUUCUUCUUCUUCUUCUUCUCCUUCGCCUUCUUCCUUAUCCUACAAUGCGGCUGCUCUCCGGAGGAACCCAGUUGCUGGAUUCUCGCAAGAUGUUGACUUUCAUGGCUCAAUCGAGGAACAAGACUUGAGAAGACGGAGCAGCACCGAUGGAGUAGAAGAAGAAGAAGAAGACGAUGGUGGGGAAGAUCAGAUUUCGUUGUUGGCUCUCCUUGUCGCCAUUUUCAGGAGAUCUUUGAUUUCUUGUAAGAGUAAUCGGAGGGAGCUCUGUAGUAUGGAGAUCGGAUGGCCUACCAAUGUCCGCCACGUGGCUCACGUUACCUUCGAUCGUUUCAAUGGCUUCUUGGGUUUGCCUGUUGAGUUUGAGCCUGAAGUUCACAGACGAUCUCCAAGCGCCAGUGCAACAGUCUUUGGGGUAUCAACGGAAUCAAUGCAAUUAUCAUAUGACUCAAGAGGCAAUUGUGUACCAACCAUACUUUUGUUGAUGCAAAACUAUUUAUAUGGUCAAGGAGGCUUGCAGGCAGAGGGCAUUUUUAGACUUACUGCUGAGAAUAGCGAGGAAGAGGCGGUUAGGGAGCAACUAAACCGAGGAUUUAUACCUGAACGAAUCGAUGUUCACUGUUUGGCAGGGCUUAUUAAGGCAUGGUUUAGAGAACUCCCUACAAGCGUUCUUGAUUCGUUGUCACCUGAACAGGUGAUGCAGUGCCAAACAGAAGAGGAAUAUGUCGAGCUUGUUAGGCUUCUUCCACCUACAGAAGCUGCUCUGCUUGAUUGGGCCAUCAAUCUAAUGGCUGAUGUUGUUCAGUAUGAACAUCUUAACAAGAUGAAUUCACGCAACAUUGCCAUGGUUUUUGCACCUAAUAUGACACAGAUGGAUGAUCCAUUGACAGCACUGAUGUAUGCGGUUCAAGUGAUGAACUUCCUCAAGACACUAAUCGAAAAAAUUCUAAGGGAAAGGCAAGACUCAGUGGUCGAGCAAGCUCAUGUAUUCCCUUUAGAACCUUCUGAUGAGAGCGGUCACCAAAGUCCUUCACAGUCUUUGGCUUUUAACUCCAUUGAGCAGAGUGAUGAGACGCAAUCAGACUACGUCGAAAAUACAGAAAAUCAGAGUUCAAGCAGCGAGAUAUCAGACGAAUUAAUCCCAGAGAACAAUGCAUCUGAACAGAGAGAAUCAGACUGUGGAAAAUGUCAAACCAGGGGAUGGAGCGACUCAGACCUACAGGUGCUGACUCUGGCUCCUCCAGCUCAGUGGCCUGUGAGUAGUACAAAGGGAUUAACCAACUUGAGCCGUGUAGGUUCAAGGGUAGAGCGUACUGAAGCUUGGCGGUGAAGAAAGAGGAGCAAAGAGAAUCCAUUGAGAGGACUUGAGCUGUUCUUCAGAAUCAAAUGUUUUGCUUGCUUCGUUUUUGUAUGUGUUAAUGUGGUUUCUGUUGAUGUCUUUGUUCUAUAAAUUUAUUUGGUCAAUGUUCUCAAUUGCCUUCUUUGUGAUAAACCGUCCAUACCAAUACCAAACCAAACUUGUAAACCGUAUUGAACCGGCGUCUCUCUCGUCUCCUGACUAUGAAAAUGGUGAAGCAUGGUCUUUCUUCUUCCUA